ACAAUUUAUCUACAUAUGGAACAGGGUCAUCCACCUGGAGGGAUUAAUGUUCUGCUUCAAGAAGAUCCUCCUGCCGGUGUGAGUGGUGCACCAACAGAUAACAAUAUUAUGCUAUGGAAUGCUGUGAUUUUCGGGCCAAAUGAUACGCCAUUUGAAGAUGGGACUUUCAAAUUAACAAUAAAAUUCACAGAGGAAUAUCCCAACAAACCACCUACUGUCAGAUUUAUAUCAAAGAUGUUUCAUCCAAAUAUCUACGCUGAUGGUAGCAUAUGUUUGGAUAUACUUCAGAAUAGAUGGAGUCCAACAUACGAUGUAUCAUCGAUAUUAACAUCCAUUCAGUCAUUAUUACAUGAUCCCAAUCCGGAUAGCCCUGCUAAUAAUGAAGCAGCACAGUUGUAUAAAGAAAAUAGGCGAGAAUAUGAGAAAAAAGUUGCAGCUAUUGUUCAGGAAAGCUUACAGGAUGAGGAGGAAGAGGAGGAAGAACAGUCAUAGCAGAAAAAAACAAAAACUACAUAUAUAAUGUGUAUAUAUCUUUCACUUUAAUACACGUUAGCAUAUCCACGAGUAUGAAUUUCUUUCUGUGUGUGUGUAAAUAUAUAUGUAUGUAUAUAGUUUCUUUAUAUACAUUCAUUCAUACAUGUAAAGCGUAUUUGUAUAUAUUAUAAGAUAUAUAUAUAUACAUAUACACACACAAACACACAGCACAUUUUCUCGUUCAGAUGCUCUCUAUCUCUACUCUCUUUCUGUUCUAUCGUUCUCUGAUCCCUUUUCUGUUUUUUCUCAUGCCAUAUGCAUGUGUGUACAUAUACAUAUAUAUCCAUCUAUCUAUCUAUCUAUAU